AUGCAAAUUCCAUCAAAGAGCUCAGAAGAAGACAACACAUCAGCUCCGACAACAGGCCUGCUGAAAUGGAUCGAAGAUUACAAAAACAAAAUAAGACCUGAGGAAGAGCUUCAAGCUGAAGUUGACGAAUAUCUGAAGGAAUUUGAUGCAAAAGCUGAAACAGGAGACAAUCAAGCAGAUGACGAUGAAUGGACUGUGGUUGGAAAGAACGGAAAACAAGCAGGUUUCAAACAAAAAGAGUCUGUAGUAUCAAAACUUGAAGCAAAACUACUGAAAGAUCGUGAGAAACUGAUGCCUACUUUUUAUGCGAAUCAAGCACGAGAAUAUAAAAAACAACAUUUGAUCAAGCUGAAGAAGAAAUUUGCUGAAGAUAAGUCAAAAAUUGAGCAUAUAAAGAAACAUCGAAGAUUCAAACCUUUUUAA